AUGCAGGCAGCGCUGGCCCCUGUUAUUUUGGAAACAGCCAGAUCUAGAGCGACAUCAACUUCAUCUCAAAUAGAAAAUGUUCUUUUGAAAAAAGAUGAGAUUUCUGAACAAGAUGACAACGCUGAUGAGGUUUUUCACAAUUUUCUCCUACCUUACGUAACUUCAUCAAGUUGGCAAGCUGGUGCACACUUUAUUGUCAUCCUAGUAGCUUCCUUAUUUUGUUGCAUUUUCGUCUGCAAUAUCAUCUAG